UCUGGGAGCUACACAUCCCACGCAGAAGCGGCACUUAAUACACUCCAAACUUGGUACGAUGUUGACACUGGAUUAUACAACACAACUGGAUGGUGGAAUUCUGCCAAUUGCCUGACCACAUUGGGGGACCUGGCAGCGGUUGAUCCCACGGUCAAAGCUUCAGCCAAAGAGAUCUUAGCCAACAGCAUAGAUAAGGCACAGAAGUUCAACCUUCAGAUGGAGAAGGUCGUCAUGCCGAAUUUCAACAUUGAGACAAUCUACGCCAAUAACGGAUUUCUGGCCUCAUUGCUCAGCCCGAACGGCUUUCUCAAUGGAUACUACGACGACGAAGGGUGGUGGACCCACGCUUGGAUCCAAGCCUACGAUGUCACGGGCGAUAUCCAGUACCUCGAAACGGCGGCCAGCAUCUUUCAAGACAUGAAGAACGGCAGUACCACCAAUUGCGGAGGCGGGAUCUGGUGGGAUAAAGCACAGACAUAUGUCAAUGCCAUCGCCAACGAACUCUACUUGAGCGCCGCGGCACACCUUGCCAACCGAAUGUUCGAAAAGGAAUAUUACCUCAACAUCGCAUUGGAGCAAUGGGACUGGUUCCAAAAAAGCGGCAUGAUAAAUUCCAAGAACACCAUCAACGACGGGUUAACCUCCAGCUGCAAGAACAACGGCGGAACCGUCUGGUCCUACAACCAGGGAGUAAUCCUCGGCGCGCUCGUCGAGCUCAACAAAGCCGCGCCAGACCCAUCCUAUCUCAAGGCCGCGUCCACUAUCGCGACAGCCGCGCUCCAGGCCCUCUCAGACAGCAACGGCAUCUUGCAUGAUCCAUGCGAGCCGCACUGCGGCGCCGACGGGUCCCAGUUCAAGGGCAUAUUCAUGCGCAAUCUGCAGCGCUUGCAGCAGGUCGCGCCCAACCAAGCAUUCCUCGCCUCCAUCGCCGCAAACGCAGACAGCAUCUGGGCCACAGAUCGAGGCCCGCACGAUCAACUGAGCCUGGUGUGGUCCGGGCCGUUCGUCGCGCCCGCGAAUGCGUCAACGCACAGCUCGGCGCUGGAUGCGCUGGUCGCGGCCGUC